UUGCACACAAGUGUUUUGUUUCAGCUGUUCUCUCUGCUGACACGGGCAAUAUGUGGAGUUUAGAACAGAGGAAAAAAUACUCCAACUCCAAUUAUAUCAUGCAGGAGACGUCGCAGUAUCAUGUUGAGCAUCUCUCCACGUUCAUUAUGGACAAGACCGAGUCCAUUACCACGGUGGACGAUGCCGUCAGGAAACUGGUCCUUCUGGACUCAAAAGACAAAAUCUGGACCCAAGAGAUGCUCCUGCAGGUCACCGACAAGGCGGUCAGGUUGCUGGACUGUGACACACAGGAAGAGUUGGAGAACUUCCCUCUUCCCACAAUCCACAUGAGUCAGACGGUCCUGAAUCAGACGCGAUACCCCUCCGUCCUCCUGCUGGUGUGUCAGGACAACGAGCAGCACAAACCCGACAUCCACUUCUUCCACUGCGACCAGGUGGAGGCGGAGAUGGUUCAUGCAGAUAUAGAUAGUGCCAUUGGAGACGACAAGCAUGGAAAGAAAAUGAGGCUUCAGACUCUGAAGGUGAACCAGGAGAAAAUGAAGCGUCACAGAGAAACUAUCCUUCCUCGCUCGCCCCCUAAGGGCCUGCCACCUGCUGUGAUGGGACGUGCAGCAGCCAUGAACACGCAGGAUCAACAAGCCUCCAGACAAAAUGACACAGAGUCACAUGAAAAACUGGCCCAACGCAUCGAGAAGGAUGUGCAAAUCCUCAACUGUUCCCUGGAUGACAUCGAGAUCUUUGUGGCGCGGCUGCAAAAGGCUACGGAGGCUUUUUCUCAGCUCAACCAGCGCCACAAGAGUAAGAAGAAUAAGAAGAAAGGACCAGCAGAGGGCAUGCUGACCCUGCGAGCCAAGCCCCCCACUGAAGGAGAGUUCAUUGAUAGCCUGCAGAAACUGAAGCUGGCCCUCAACCUCUUGGCCAAACUGAAGAAACACAUACAAAAUCCAAGUGCGUCUGAGCUGGUUCAUGUCCUCUUCGGCCCCCUGGAGCUGGUGCUGCAGAGCUGUGGGAGUCCUGAACUUGUGCGUUCCGUCAUCUCCCCUCACUUCUCCAAAGACACGGUCGACUUCCUGCGGGGACACCUCACCCCCAAAGAGACGAUCAUCUUUGAGCUGCUGGGGGAUGGAUGGACCAAACCUAGAGCGGAGUGGCCCAGAGAGCAGUGUGCGCCUCCUUAUCGUCCUAAGUUUCGUAAUGGCUGGGAGCCGCCGUUGGAGCUCCUCAGGACGGCCCCGUGGGAAACAGAGGGACCCAUGGGGCCACUGGGGUCUCACCAGCCCGAUUACAGAAAACACUCAGCUGAAGACUAUUAUGGAACACAAUCCUCAAACUCGUCAAAUGGGUCUUACAAUGGGAUGCCCCCCACUGCAAAUAUGCCAAAAUUCUACCACUUCGUAGCACGGAAUGCCAACGAGCUGUCAGUGCUGCAGGAUGAAAUCCUCGAGGUGAUAGAGGAUGACAAACAGUGGUGGAAACUACGGAAUCGCAGCGGUCAGGCCGGCUACGUCCCCGUCAACAUCCUGGACCUGGUGAAGAUCGAGGAGCCAGACGGUGUCUACAACCAGCCAGGCUGCAGUACGUCAUCUCCUGGUUCUCUGAGCCAUGGAGACAGCUUCAAGAAUAGACCCAAAGAUAAAAUGAUGGACGAGGUCAACAAUGAGUUAUUGAUGAUGAUCACCGCGAACAAAAGCCAGCCGCCCGCCAGGAAGUUCCGCGUGGAGCGAUCCUCCAGCAGCCAUGUACCGCUCACCUUUGACUCGAGCCAGGAGCAGGUCACUGCAUGGCUCAGCGCAAAGAGUUUCUCAAAACCGACUGUUGAAUGUUUGGGGAUCCUGACUGGAGCUCAACUCUUUUCCCUCAACAAAGAAGAACUGAAGGCGGUGCUGAGGGAGGAAGGCGGCCGUGUCUAUUGCCAGGCCACCGUGCAGAAAGCACAACUAGAGAAGACCAGCGGGGACUCUGAGCUGCAGGAGAUCAUGAAGCGGCGGCAGCAGAGGAUCGACUCUGGCAACCAAGACUGAGCAGCACGACCCUUCCAGAAGAUGGUGACCCACAGUGGAACAGACUGAGAUGUUGCAUACAUUUUUAAAUGUGUAUUUAUUUUGUAUCACCCAACAUGUAUGUAUUCCAGUGUUUUCUUUUCUUUGGUUUUCAUUGUCACAUUACAUUUGGUUGUCGUGUGAACAGAGAAACAUAUGAAUCUAUGCACAGUGUGUGUCUGUGUGUGUGUCUGUCUGUGUGUGUGUGUGUGUCUUGGAACAUGUGUAAGCACAACAUGCAUGUAAUGUACAUAUUUGUAUGAUCAGUGUGGUCAAUGUUUAUGCUCAUUGGCGAUAUUCCAGCUGUUUACUGAAUGACUAAAAUGAGUAGAUCUUAGCUAUCGCAUAUCUAAAUCUGUGCCAGAAUGUUUGACACAUUUUCCGAUAUAUAGCCAAUUAUUUUCAUAUUACUGUUUACCGGUACAAUAAAACACACUCUAUUUGUGUCAGAAGUAGUCUCAUCCUGCUGGUAACUGCAGAUCAGCAGUAGGUAUUAACAUGAAUAAUGUUGCUGUUUAUAAUCAGAAUUCAAUUUCACAGAGAAACUGUCAAUAAUCUUGCAUGAAGUUAUUGUCAAUAACUGUGAGAUGAUGUGAUGAAAGUGUUUUAUGCAGCAUGAUAUGUCGCAGUGUAAACUGCACAGACAGGAAUGAUGAAUUUAUGUGAUAUAAAAUAAUGAAAUGAAGCUUUAGGAAAAACAUUCAGAGACGGUUGUAAAUAUUAUGGGACAAAUUGUUUAAAAUUAAUAUUGUAAAAGAAAAAAAACUUGCAAAUAUUUGA